ACACCAAUCCAUCGCUAUGUCCAUGCCGAAGAUUCUCCCAGCAGCUGCCCGCGCCCUUACCAGGUCUGGAGCCAACACCACCGCGCAGAAGCGCUUCAUGUCUGCCACUGCUGCCGAGAGCAGCUCCAUGAAGGACUACUUCUUCUCCACCUGGGUCAAGCCUGAUGUGUACCCCAUUGUCUUCAUUUGCGGUCUCGCCACCACCUUCUGCGGCAUCACCAUCUCCAAGCGCUUUGGUAUGCACGAGAACGUCACCUGGUCCAAGAAGGCAAGGAACCAGGGCGUUGCCCAACAGUAUGCUCACAAGUACCCUGGAACUGAAAGCGCUGUCGUCGCUGGAAUCCAGAAGUAAAUUAGAUCCGUCAGUUAAUCACGUACUUUGGGAGAUUCGAUUCUCUUCGAUUGUUCAAUAGGCAUGUCAGUAAACAUAGUGAUAAAUUAGA